AAAAGCACACUUCCGUCGCUCGAGGAAGCUCCUCCUCUUGACGCCAUUGGAGGAUGUGCCAGCACCAUCCUCUGACCAGGACUCACCACAGACGGCCACUGCGUCGGCGCUGCUCCAGAGAGAAAGGAACAGACGAUGGCGACAACUACGUGGGCGAGAGAUGUGUUCAGGAGUGUGGAAAAGAGAGGCAACGCCAGCAGAUCCCAGUCAACUGCUAACUGUGACGAACCGUGCUCCAAAUUCCUGGACACAGACAGAGCACAGCUUGGAGCAAGGAACCUCUGUCUGCCUGUCUAGUGUGUGGUGUUACUCAGUUCAGUGCUUAUUGUUAUUGUAAAUUUUUAGGAUAUUUUUAGUCACAGUUUUUUUUUUACUUUAAUCCACAAGCAUUUCUGACUUUGCACCAAGUGAAGUGUUUCUUUAGUUUAUGAUUUUUUUUUCUGUUUCGACCAUUCUUUUCCACCCUAGAUCGAUCAGGCGCCAUCUAAUGUGCCACCUAAAAGAACUAGUUCAUUGAUAGGGGCUGCCAGGAUUUGCACAACUCUGCGAACGAGUUAAACACUCAAACUAAAAAAUGGAUAAAUAAGACUAGACAGUUCACCAUAAGAAUCAUCUUAAAGCCAACUCUCAUAUCCGGCUCUCCCCAGUAACAUCACCAGUUGGACUAACCACAGAAGAUGCAAGGAUUUUCGAAUUUUAAGGAUCGUGCGACGGGAGUUUUCGGCGGCACUCGUUAUGAGAACUUCGAGAUGCCAAAACAUGGGUACGAGCAGAUGGAAGAAGGCACAGGGGCUAUUGGAGGUGGGUACGCAGAUCAGGUGCCGGAGUCUCCAAUGUCCUACGAUGACUACGAACGUCCUCCUUUGCGGCACAUAGACAAAUACGUGAGGGCCGAGUGUCCCUGCUUCAAAACAAUUCGCUACACAGUUGCCCUGAUGACGUGCCUGGGCUUUAUCAUCUCCUUCGGAAUGCGCUGCAACAUGGGGAUGGCUAAGCUCAAGUCUGAGUCUGCCAAUGUGUCCGUCUUCAAUUGGACCGUCGGCGUUGAGAGUGCCGUUGACUCAUCGUUCUUCUGGGGUUAUCUCGUAACGCAAGUGCCUGGUGGAUUCCUGGCGUCAAAAUUUCCCGCUAAUCAAAUCUUUGGUACGGCCAUAGCUUGCUCCAGCUUCCUCAAUCUCCUAGUUCCAGGCGCCACAAUGCUCCAUCCUGGCUUCAUAAUCAUCGUCCGAAUGCUUCAAGGUCUCGUUGAGGGUGUCACUUAUCCCGCCUGUCAUGGUAUCUGGCGCUUCUGGGCUCCACCCUUAGAAAGAUCCCGUCUCGCUACAAUGGCCUUCAGUGGAUCCUACGCCGGUGUCGUGAUCGGAAUGCCCAUGUCCGGAAUCUUAAGUGGCUGGAUCAGUUGGCAAGCUGCCUUCUACUUUUAUGGCGUAAUGGGCAUGAUAUGGUAUACCGCUUGGUUAUGGUUGGCCUUCGAAAAACCCCGUUCCCAUCCAGCCAUUACAAUUCAAGAACUGAAAUACAUUGAGAAAAGCCUUGGCGAGACUAAUCCAUCACCCUCAAUGCCAACCAUAAGUUCCACACCCUGGAUGGAAUUCCUUAGAUCGAUGCCAGUCUAUGCAAUAAUUGUGGCAAACUUUUGCCGAUCGUGGAACUUCUAUCUCCUAGUUCUGUAUCAGAGCGCCUACCUUAAGCACUCCUUUAACUUUCGUAUUGAAGAAACCGGAAUGCUAGGGGCACUUCCUCAUCUCAUCAUGACCAUAAUUGUGCCCUUUGGAGGUAUUCUGGCAGAUCGUUUGCGGAAGUCUGGUGUCUUGUCUACAACGAAUGUAAGGAAGCUCUUCAACUGCGGAGGAUUUGGUCUCGAAGGCGUCUUCUUUCUCGUUGUAGCUCAUGCAAAGACAGCUACUGGUGCUAUUACAGCUCUUACCAUUGGAGUAGCUUGUAGUGGAUUUGCCAUUUCGGGAUACAAUGUCAAUCAUUUGGAUAUUGCACCUCGGUAUGCAAGUAUUUUGAUGGGUCUGUCCAAUGGAAUAGGAACCAUCGCCGGACUGAUUUGUCCUAUAGCAAUAGACUACAUUACAAGAGAUAAGCCAAAGGAGUGUUGGUCCACGGUAUUUACAAUAGCUGCAACAGUUCACUUAAUUGGUAUUACAUUCUAUGGAAUAUUUGCAUCGGGUGAACUACAACCAUGGGCUGAACCUGUUGUAGAAGAGAAGAAAGUCUGGACGCCAACAACUGCCGGGUUGACCAAGGAGACCACCUUUAAUGAUCCAUCACAGGAAAUCAGUAGUACAACCAAAUCUGUCAGCUAUGGUGCUGUUGAACAUGUAGCGGGUAAUCCCUUUGCCUACCCGAGCACAAUUGCAGAGGAACCCGUUCAGCCUGAACCCAGGGACACCUAUUUACACGGUGGUGUCGACGAAAGGACAUAUUAGAAACGAUUUCAAAUCAUUGAACCAUAACACAACACAACUCAUAUCUACUCAUUAACCUCACUAUUUGAGUUUAUCACAUGUUAAUCCCCUUUUUACUCAAUGUUAACCUCCAUUUUAUAGUUUAAAGAAAAGAAAAAAAAUAAUGAAGAGAUGUAUUUAUAUUUAGGACAUAAAUUUAGAUUUUUGUGAUCUCAUCGCUGUGGUGACAAUAUUUGAUUCAAUUGACAAGAAAAUGAAUAUAUGCAGAAGAAAAGAAUAUUUUAAAUGUGUUUAUAUUCUGUAUCAUACUUAUGGUUAAAGGUAAAUAGAUGGGAGGAUGUAGGCUGGAAGACAUAUAACAUGUGUUAAUGAUUUAAUAAAAAAAUGAUGAAUAUAAAAAAAAUCGAUAUAGAGAAAACAUGAAUUAUAAGGAAGAAGCACCCUGCUUAAGCAAUUAUCUACUUAGAUAGUACAUAAAUGAUAAUAUUAUGAUUUCUGAAAGGAAUAUACAACUUUAGAAUACUUGAGUAAAUGUACAUUAAAUAGCAACUUGUAUAAAUAAAUUCAAUAUCAAAAUUACAAAGCUCACAAUAAUGACUUCUAGAUACAAGGUAAAUAUGCACACAAAUCACUGUUACAAAUUCUGACAAUAGACAAAAAACCAGGAGACAGAUACCUACUGCUACACAAUAUAUCCUGCCUCUAAAUAUUGCAGAAAUUACAAACAUGAUUGUAUAUAUACUGUCUAAGUAUCUUGUUCUAGAUAGUCCUAGUAUUAAGAACUAUUUAUUGAUAUGAAGUAGAAUAGCAUGACAAAGUAGCAAAAAAUAAAUAGUAUUAGAAAAAGAUGAAAAGACAUUGUACUAAAAAAAUGCUGGAUAAUAAAAACAGAUGCAUUUGUUACUUAAAGCACUCUGAUAGGUAUGUAAAAUGUAAAUUUAACAACUAAAGAGUCAAUUUGGAGCCAUGUAAAGAGAGUAUAGCCAUUAUUUGACUAUAUUUCUGUGUUAAAAUCUUCUUUUUGUAAGAUACACCCCCCAAAUAAACAUUUUUCAUUUAAUUGACAGGUCGGGCUUAGUGUAAUAUAAUUAGUACUAAAAAAAAAGUUCGAAGAUUUUAGAUUUAAUUUUUUUUUCAGUAAAGCGCACACAUCAUUCAAUGCACUAAUUCUCAUCAUCAUUUUGCACAUUAGACAUAAACAUUGUGUUCUCGAUUGUUAAUGAAAGCAAAUGACGGUAGUAUUAAAAAAAAAUAUAUGUACUAAUGAUAAGGUUAUAAAUAUUUGAGGUGUUCUCACUCUCAAAGGCUGUGUUGACAAUAAAAAAAAACAUAAAGUAUCGUGGAAAAGAUAUUAUAGCUAAUAUUGAAAGGGCCACUUACUUGAGGCAUAACAAUAAAAAAAUGACGAAUGUAAAUUUUACAAGUAGAUGUAAAAAAACAAUCAAUAAUAUUUAUGUACUAAAAUUUUUAGUACUUAGAAUUUAUUUAUAUUUUUUAUUCUUGUUAAUGGUUGCAUAUCUGUUGAUUUUCUUUUUCGAUUUAUAUUAGCAAAUUCUACUAAAUUUAGUACAUCUUUCCAGGUUUUAGUACUGCAUAUUUUAUUUUUUAGAAACUAAAACUUGAGAUUUUAAUUCGAGAUAUUAAAAAUUUCUCAUAAUUACUUGAUAUUUGUUUAUUGAAAAUUCUCAUGACUUAUUUUUUUAGUUACGGAUUCAAUCACAUUCGUGUUACAGUUCAUUUGGAAUAGUUUAAAUAAUACCUCCUCUACUGUUCCAAAAUACAAAAAUUGCACUUUACGGGUUAUUGAAUUAUUUAACAUCUUGUUUAUACAUAUGUAAUAAUACUAUAAAGACUUUGAGUACUAGGUUAAUGAGUGUAAUUUUCAAUGAAAGCGUGCAGUGACGAGACAAUAAACUACCUUGCUGUUUUGCCAAUAAACUGAUACCACAAAUACAUGAAGAAGAAAAUCAAAUUGAAAGCAAAAUGGCAAGGUCUUAAAGUAAAUCUAGUUGAUAAGUAGAAAUUGGUGAUAGGCGUAAUUAUGUUUCAAUUUCGUUGACUUUAGCUAAGGUUAACCUAAGACAGAAAGAAUAGAUUGUAAGAAAAUUGUAAAACCAAAAAACAGGGUGCAAAUUAGUAUCACCCUCCCUAAAUAUGAAGCUUCCUUCCUAAAAAACAAAAUUAUAAAAUGUAAAAGAAAUCAAUUCAAACUUAAAAAGAAAA